GAAGGUAAAGUAGGUAAUUAUCACCGAUAGUUCUAAGUACUUGCCUAUGUACGAGUAGAUAGAUACGAUUAGGUAGGUAUGUUAACGUACUAUGGAUGCCCUACUAAAGGUAUCAUACGCUAUGUGUUAUCGAUAUCCGUUGGAUAAUCAGCACUCCAUUUUUAUCUUACAAAAGAGAGAAACAACACGUAAAAAACAUUCAACUUAUUAUAAACGCUAUGUUCUAAAGUACUGAAAUAAAGUGAAUUUUUCAAUUUGUGGUAACUUAAUGACGACAGUUUUACAAGAAAAUGGAGUCGAGCAGCUACAAGCAGAUCGCGCAGAGCUCGAACGCGGUCUCCAUCGACAUGGACUUGCUGCAGGUGGGUUCGGAGCCGGUGGGCGUCCGGUGCCCGCACUGUCAGGAGGACAUCAUGACGCGGGCCACCUACCGAAACAACACCACCACGCAUCUCGUCGCCGUCAUGCUGGGGAUAUUCUUUUGGUGGUUAUGUUGCUGCGUGGUCCCGUAUGUAACGAAGAGGUGGAAGGACGUACACCACAGCUGCCCCAGCUGCCGAAAAUACUUAGGGGUUUAUACUCGGAAGACAAUGUUAUAAAAAAGUCUAUAGUCUAUGUGUGUAUAUCGAAUAAGUAAUACCUACUGCAAACCUAGUAAGAACUGAAAAGCCCUGUGAAUGUAAUCCCAAUCCAACAUACAAAUAAUACGGCAAGAGUACCAGUGAAUGAGU